UUUCUGUUGGCAGCAACGGCCGACACUGGCCACGCGAGCUGACACCGUCGAUCAGCGCAAACGUGUGUUUAAUUCGGACCGUUCUAAUCUGGAUGCAACGAGCGCUCGAUAAAACGCUUUCGCCUAGCAGCUGCGUCGUCGCGAUCCUCAUCGAGUUUCCUCAUCUCUUCUGGACUCUGAGGGCGAUCUGGCUUUCCUGCUCGCAGGCCCUCGGGAUCGGCAGCGGCCCUGUCAGGCGCGGGAGUCUAGGGAGCUGGGAGCGCCACGAGGGCGUCCACGGGGAGGGGCGGAGAUGCGGAGUGCUGCUCCGAUCUGGUUUCGCUCCGUAGCCGUAGCCGUUUCGACUCGAGUCGUUUUUUUGUUGGCAGUCCUGCCACGAUUUUGCGCAGCCUCGUCAGAGUCCCCCGUCGUCGGUGGCGCCAUGGCGCUGUGCGACUCCGUGUCCUGCUUCGUGGGCGUCCCCGCCGCCCCGGCCCAGCGCCCUUCGCCAGCCCUCCGCGCCUCCCUCUCCGAGCCGCGCGUCGAGAGCGGCGCGAGCUCGGGCUUCAACGCCGCCGCCGCGUGCUCGCUCGUGGCGGCUGGCGUCGUGGGCGCGGCCGCGAGCCGCCGUCGCUCCUCCGCCAAGGUGGCCAGGCAGGCGGUCGGUGUCGGCAUCAACGGCUUCGGGCGCAUCGGGCGCCAGGUGGCGCGCAUCGUCAUGAAGGACCCGGAGACGGAGCUGAAGCUCGUGAACGCGAGCUACGACGCCGAGUACCUGGCCUAUCCAGCUAUGAAGUACGACUCGAUCCACGGCAGGUACGACGGCACCAUCGAGGUCGACGGGGACUCCUUGGUGAUUGAUGGCCACAAGGUGGCCCUGUCGCACACCCGCGACCCGGCCGAGAUCCCCUUCAAGGAGCACGGGGCGGAGUACGUCUGCGAGUCCACCGGCGUGUUCCUGACCGACGAGAAGAUCCAGCCGCACCUCAAGGCGGGCGCGAAGAAGGUUGUGUUCUCGGCCCCGGCCAAGGACGACAGCCACACCAUCGUGAUGGGCGUGAACCAGGACACCUACAAGAGUGACAUGAGUUGCGUCUCGUGCGCAUCGUGCACCACCAACGGCCUCGCCCCCAUGGUGAAGGCCAUCAACGACGCGUUCGGCAUCAAGCGGGGCCUGAUGACCACUAUCCACGCCAUGACCGCGUCUCAGCCAACCGUGGACGGGGCGUCGAAGAAGGACUGGCGUGGUGGCCGUGCGGCAUCUGGCAACAUCAUCCCCUCCUCCACCGGGGCGGCCAAGGCGGUGGCCAAGGUCGUGCCGGAGGUGGCGGGCAAGCUCACGGGCAUGGCCUUCCGCGUGCCCACGAUCGACGUGUCGGUCGUGGACCUCACUUGCGAGCUGGAGAAGGCGACGACCUACGAAGAGAUCUGCGCCGAGAUCAAGCGGCGCUCCGAGGGCGACAUGAAGGGAUUCUUGGGCUACUGCGACGAGGCCCUCGUGUCUACGGACUUCGAGACGUGCCCCAUCUCCAGCACCUUCGAUGCCAAGGCGGGCAUCAUGCUGGACUCCACGUUCGUGAAGCUCGUGGCCUGGUACGACAACGAGUGGGGCUACUCGUGCCGUGUUGUUGACCUGAUCAAGCACAUGGCCAAGGUCGACGGAGCAUAAGGUAAGCAAGUGUGGGCCCCCCCGCCACUGUGCACUCUUUCUCUCCCCGACCGAUUUUAUCAUUUUUCUGUUGGCAGCAACGGCCGACACUGGCCACGCGAGCCGACACUGUCGAUCAGCGCAACGUGUGUUCAUUCGGAUCGUUCUAAUCUGGAUGCAACGAGCGCUCGAUAAAGCGCUCUCGCCUAGCAGCUGCGUCGUCGCGAUCCUCAUCGAGUUUCCUCAUCACUUCUGGACUCUGAGAGCGAUCUGGCCUUCCUGCUCGCAGGCCCUCGGGAUCGGCAGCGGCCCUGUCAGGGGCGGGCGUCCGGGGAGCUGGGAGCGCCACGAGGGUGUCAACGGGGAGGGGCGGAGAUGGGGAGUGCUGCUCCGAUCUGGCUUCGCUCCGUAGCCGUUUCGACUCGAGUCGUUUUUGUGGCCAGUCCUGCCACGAUUUUGCGCAGCCUCGUCAGAGCCCCUUUGUCGGUGGCGCCAUGGCGCUGUGCGACUCCGUGUCCUGCUUCGUGGGCGUCCCCGCCGCCCCAGCCCAGCGCCCUUCGCCGGCCCUCCGCGCCUCCCUCUCCGAGCCGCGCGUCGAGAGCGGCGCGAGCUCGGGCUUCAACGCCGCCGCCGCGUGCUCGCUCGUGGCGGCUGGCGUCGUGGGCGCGGCCGCGAGCCGCCGUCGCUCCUCCGCCAAGGUGGCCAGGCAGGCGGUCGGUGUCGGCAUCAACGGCUUCGGGCGCAUCGGGCGCCAGGUGGCGCGCAUCGUCAUGAAGGACCCGGAGACGGAGCUGAAGCUCGUGAACGCGAGCUACGACGCCGAGUACCUCGCCUAUCCAGCUAUGAAGUACGACUCGAUCCACGGCAGGUACGACGGCACCAUCGAGGUCGACGGGGACUCCUUGGUGAUUGAUGGCCACAAGGUGGCCCUGUCGCACACCCGCGACCCGGCCGAGAUCCCCUUCAAGGAGCACGGGGCGGAGUACGUCUGCGAGUCCACCGGCGUGUUCCUGACCGACGAGAAGAUCCAGCCGCACCUCAAGGCGGGCGCGAAGAAGGUUGUGUUCUCGGCCCCGGCCAAGGACGACAGCCACACCAUCGUGAUGGGCGUGAACCAGGACACCUACAAGAGUGACAUGAGUUGCGUCUCGUGCGCAUCGUGCACCACCAACGGCCUCGCCCCCAUGGUGAAGGCCAUCAACGACGCGUUCGGCAUCAAGCGGGGCCUGAUGACUACUAUCCACGCCAUGACCGCGUCUCAGCCAACUGUGGACGGCGCGUCGAAGAAGGACUGGCGCGGUGGCCGUGCGGCAUCUGGCAACAUCAUCCCCUCCUCCACUGGGGCGGCCAAGGCGGUGGCCAAGGUCGUGCCGGAGGUGGCGGGCAAGCUCACGGGCAUGGCCUUCCGCGUGCCCACGAUCGACGUGUCGGUCGUGGACCUCACUUGCGAGCUGGAGAAGGCGACGACCUACGAAGAGAUCUGCGCCGAGAUCAAGCGGCGCUCCGAGGGCGACAUGAAGGGAUUCUUGGGCUACUGCGACGAGGCCCUCGUGUCUACGGACUUCGAGACGUGCCCCAUCUCCAGCACCUUCGAUGCCAAGGCGGGCAUCAUGCUGGACUCCACGUUCGUGAAGCUCGUGGCCUGGUACGACAACGAGUGGGGCUACUCGUGCCGUGUUGUUGACCUGAUCAAGCACAUGGCCAAGGUCGACGGAGCAUAAGGUGAGCAAGUGUGGCCCCCCCCGCCACUGUGCACUCUCUCUCCCCGACCGAUUUUAU